AAGACGGCGGAGGAGGUGCAACACGAUGAGAUGACGAGGGCAUUAGGACUAGACCGACGUUGGGGGGCAGGGACGGUGAAGUCUGUUUGGCAUGACAGGCUGUAUGGAACCAUAGACGCCAUUCAUCACUUCUCAUGACAUCCUUCAUGAUCAACGAACAUCUAAAUCGCAAUGUACCCGAGGAAUGGAGGGACGGUGGAGGGUGUUCGUUCUGUCGCAUCAUUUCCAAAGAGCUAUCCUCCAAUAUCCUGUACGAGACGGACGAGGUCGUCGCGAUACUCGAUAUACUACCUCUGAGACCCGGACAUACUUUGGUGCUACCCAAAGUCCACAUACCAUAUGUAACGGAUCUGCCAGCAAAUGUUGCAGCUGCAAUGGGGGUGGCCGUGUCCAAGGUCGCAAAAGCGGUAUCAGAGGCCAUGCAGAACACGGCACUCAACAUCGUAUGCAACCAGGAAUACGCACAGAGCGUGCCUCAUGUUCACUUUCACAUUAUACCUGCACCGGGGUUUGGAGGGUCACCACAGGUAGGUGCGACGCGAGUGAUGCCGAGGACGAGGCGGGAGUUGCACCAGCUGGAGUACGAGGGGCGGAGUGAGUUGGACGAGGACGAGGGACGGGAGCUCGCAGAGCGGAUACGGGCACGGCUUUGAUUGAUUGGUAGUUGUAUGUAGACUUGUUCGGACUUGCCAUGACAGAGGACGACGACACGAUCGACGUCGAGGCCGUCCCCAGCGAACAGCCAACGAAAGACACG